CAAAAAGACCAGAAAACCGAUUCUUCUUCUUCGUCUUCGUCUUCUUCUCUCCACAAUAUCCAGUCGAAUCAUCUAAAAUAAAAAUAAAAGGAAAAAAAAAACUGAGAUUUUUGAUUAUGGCAGCUUAGAUUUUUCUUCUUAAUUUUAGUUCGUUCCCAAACAUGGAAAAUCAAGAGGUUUCUUGUGAUGUUGAUGAGCUUCUGCCAUUGAACCACAUAGGAGAUGAGGAAGAUUUUAGAAGCUGUUGUGGUGAUGAAGAAGUUUGGUUAAAGGAGAGUGAUGAUACAGCUAUGGUAGAAGCAGCAGAGGAGGAGAAAAAAGAUGAGCUUGGUGAAGAGUUCUCUGUUAAGAUGUUCUUUAAAGGAGUUUCAUUAUCCGGAAGAGGAGAUUCGGGUUCUGGUUAUUCAGGAAUUGGUGUUGUGUUCGAGAGAUCAGGAGAUUUUGAGAUGAUUCAGGUUCAGAAGAAGCUGGACUUUUAUGCUGAAGAGUCUGUAGCUAACUAUUUAGCUUUACUCGAUGGUCUUACAGUAGCUUUACAGAACAAUCUCUGCUCUGUGGUUGCUGUAACAGACUCAGAGCUGCUCUAUAAUCAGAUAACCCUUGAGGAGAAGCUAGAAACUCCGCUUCUGGUAGCUUUAAGAGAAAGGGUAUUGGAGAAAACAAGUACUCUCGAUGGGUUUGUUCUAAAGCUUGCUCCUUACUGUGAUCUUGAUCAAUCUCUAAGCUUGGCUCAAGUAGCAGUAGGAAUCGUCUCUUGUAACCUUGAUGGGGAUAAAUCAGGUGAGAACUGCUCCAUCUGCUGUGAAGACCGUCUCUCCGAGAUGAUGCUAACUCUGAAAUGCACUCACAAAUUCUGCUCACAUUGCAUGAAAACAUACGUUGAAGGGAAAGUGAACUCUUCAGAAGUUCCCAUCAGGUGUCCUCAAGAACAAUGCAAGCAUUAUCUCUCAUCCAUCGAAUGCAAAACCUUUCUUCCCGUCACAUCUUUCAAGUCAUUCGAGGAAGCAAACAUGCGGAGUACCAACAACGGCAAGGUUUACUGUCCGUAUCCCAACUGUUCUUUUCUGUUAGACCCUCGUGAAUGUCUAUCACCAGGAAGUGGAAGUGCAAGCUCAAGCUCGUCUAGUAUGUCGGAGAGUAGCUGUUGUGUGAAGUGUCCACUCUGUGAGAGGUUUGUUUGUGUGGACUGUGGUGUUCCAUGGCAUGACUCUAUGAGCUGUGAAGAGUUUCAGAUUCUUCCGGUUGAUGAAAGAUAUCCAGAUGAUAUUACAUUGCAUCGCUUGGCUAGGUAUAAGAGGUGGAAACGGUGUCAGCAAUGCCGUAUAAUGAUCGAGCUUGCUCAAGGCUGUAACCACAUGACUUGUCGGUGUGGGCAUGAGUUCUGCUACUGUUGUGGAGCAGAGUACAGAGGAGGGCAACAGACUUGCACUUGUGCGUUUUGGGACGAUGAUGAAGAAGAUGAAGAAAACUCAGAGUCUGAGAACACAAUCCAAGAACUUGAGCAAUGGCCUUGGGACACAUUCAACUCAAUUCCAACAGUAAUGGACGCAUAUUCAGAGCAAGAAAGAUCUCAACUCGCUCUGAUCCAACGGUUCUUAGCGGGUGGAGGGUUUAGUCUCAGUGAUCACCAUACUUCUUAUCAGUCCCCACCGCCUCCUCCUCCUCCAUGUACAGAGUCAUCGUAUGUUGAAGCAGCAAUGAAAGAUCUUCACCAGCUUCCUUGGCUUGAGAGGUUUGUGGCGGUUAUAAGUGAUGAUUACUAUGAAGAGUUUAAUAGCCAGUGAAAAUGGGGUGGAAUGGUGGUUUGUAGAGGCUUAAGGAGAGUGUCUCGCUCUCUGGAAGGUAUUGUUUGGGGGUUUUAGAUUCUUGAUUGAACUCAAAAGAUGAAUUGUGAUGAAACUAUUUGCUUCAACUAUAUAUAAAAAGAACAGUUUGAGUGAUCCAUUU